GGUCCACAUCAAUACUGCAGAAAACAAGGAGCAUAGAAGGUGCUGAAUAAUUAAUAAUUCCAUGCAGCAGAUUCCAAUUUCCUGAAAUGGAUUAAAACCGAAAGAUGUACACAAUUUCGGCGCCCCACAUUCGGCGGGCCAAGUUGCUGCUGCGGCUGUUCGUGGUGAGUGCCAUUGGACUGGUGCUGGUGUGCGCCUUCAUGAUGAAGAACUCGUCCGUGUCGGACAUGACCGAGGUGGCCAAGUGUCCGGCUUGCUACGGAACCGACUUCUGUGCCACCAUCGAGUCCGGAGGCGUCCACCUCUACCCUUUCCUUUCUUGGUUCAACGCCAAGAACGUCUUCUUCGGACGCACCACCUCCGGACAGAAGGUGACCCUGAAGAAGCUCGGACACAACCACGAGUUGGACGAGCUGGACACUUUUGUUUGUCGGCUGAUGGGCCAGCCGACCGAGUGCAGACUGAGCGAGGUGGUUUGGCGCCUCGACGAUGUGCAGACGGCAAUCUUCAACACCGUCCGUUCCAACCUGUCCCUCAGGAGUGGAAUCUCCUUUUGUCCAGUCGUCGACCCCAAGCAGAUCGAUGACCUCGUCGACCGCGUCGCCAGACAUUCCAAACAGACUGCCUACAAAACUCUGCUCAUCAAUGUCCUUACCAUGUUUGUCCUCAACCCUGAGCCAGUCAUCCUCCAGGCUUUUCCUGCUGAGGAUGGUUGGCCGUUUCCCAAGUACCUGGGCUCCUGUGGCAGGGUGACGGCUCAGGAGUACGUCGGAUCCAACCUGGGCUACUACCUGAAUUCGGAGUGGCGCACUCGGGCCCGCCUGGCCCUGCAACUGCUCAAGAUAGCCCAGAGACUCACCUUCCACGAUCAGCACUUUUCCCUGUACCUGACUGAUGUGACUGCUGAAAAUUUGGCCGUCGACGCUCAUGGAACGCUCAAGGUUGUCGACCUUGGCAAUGUCAUCAUUGUCGACAAAAACCCUCCCCUCAGUGCUCGUCCUGAAGGUUGGAAGGAGAAGCACUCGAGCGACAUAAUGGAGGAGUGCGAGAACUGCUUUUCGUACUCGCAGGAGGACAUUUGUGGGCACCGCACCAGCGACCACAACUACUACGCAGCGUGCCAGUUUCUGUCCUCGAGCGGAUGGCUGCGUGACCCUCCCGAGGACGUCCGUCGCGCCUACCCGCAGCUGCCGGAGCUGCUCAGGGAAUGCGCCGAGCCGCAGCGCGAGCAGGGCCGAUACCGCGCCGUCCGUCAACUCAUCCCUGUCCUUGCAAACGUGACUCUCGCCGCCGCCAUCUGAUCAGGUAUCCGCACACAUAAUCAAAUUUUUCACCGGCAUGAGCUAGGCCACCGAAGCCGUAGGAAAACAGUAACUGGCCGCUCGCGCAACACCCUUGAACCGUUUUCCUUCAGGCGGAGCAAAUUUUGUUCUCUCACGAGGAAUUACAAGUUGCAAUAAGAGAGAAAGAAAGAAAGACCCGCACUGACUUCAGUGAUUAUUUUAAGGGUUGCAAUUAUUAUUAAAAUUUAUAGAAAUUGAUUAGGUAGAGAGAUCUGGAGACACUUUUCUUAAAUAAUUUCUAUAAAAACACUUAAAAAAAAUUUAUAAAAAUCAUUUUUUUUAACAAAGUUUUCAAUUAAAAUGUUAGAAACAUAAAAUGUUUAUUUUAUCAUUUGAUAUAUAUGCUCCUUUCUUGAAAUUUAUUCUUCUUCUCCUUAUAAAUUAAUUAUUAGAUGAAAAUCAGCCUUCAGCAUGGCUAUAAAUAAUGAUUUCAUCAAAAAGUGUGAGCUCGUUUUUCACCUCUUGAACUCUUCCUGCACAAUUUUGUCUGAAAUUAAUGUUUAUUUUACUUAACUUUUGCCAGGUUUGAUUUGAUUUCGAUUUUUUUGCUAAUGACAUUAAGUUAAAUAUUGGCUGAAUAUAAUUAUAUUCUUAUGUUAAUUUUAAAUUUUUUUUAUGGGUAGACAAUUUUUAAACACUUAAAAUGUUUUAAGUAAAUAUUCCUGUUCUCCAAUUAAUUUUUCAAGAAAGCAGCUCUAUCAAAUAUUUGAUUUCUUUUUUAAUUGCGUCUAUUUCAUCACGUUUUGAUAAAAAAAAAAACUUAGCUUUUCUUCUUAAAGUUUUUCCUUGAAUGUUCAAAUGAUUUUCUAGACAAUUGGCGAAAGUAACGCAAUUUUUGCGACAAAUUAACCUCUCCAUUGAUGGCGCUAGACUUUUCGCGCCUGUCUGAAGCCCAAAAAAGUGUCGCAACCUCGCUACUGGAACAAACUGGCGCCGCACGUGUUUUUUACGUAAUCCCUUUGGCGUGCGUUGUUUAUGGUAACGCAGUAAGCAGCCUAUACAAAGAGCACUGCCCACGCACAAAAUUUCUCGUCCAUGCCCUCCGGAUCACGCUAUUAUUGCGUCGCAUUUUCCAAAGAACAAAUAGAGCCAAAGAUACUUUUACAUAAAUGCGUAACAAGAUCAACUAAAAAGAAGUACAACAAGGAACUAGGAAGAAUCAAAUGAUUGCUCAAAGCAUUUAGUUGCUAUUAUUUUAUAUUUGUUCUAUUGAGGGAAGUUUUUUAAUUGGUUUUUUUAAUGGCGCAAUGGGAAAAAAUGACACCAAACAUUUUCUUGUUGGAAUAAAUAUAAACAAAAUUCUCAACGAGCUUUUUAAGCCCGGUAUUAAUUUCGUAUAUGCGAUCCACCUGAAGUAUAUUAAUUAUCAAUUUAAUUUUUUUAAUUGGAACUUUUCAUAUUUCUAAAGAGAAAUCUACUUUUGUUCACGUGGAGAAUAAUCACAAGGACUAGUGAUCAAACCAGGAAAUAAGGUUCAUAAUUCAUAACUUAAUAAUUGAAACAGCAAUAUGCGGCUGAUAUUAUUUCCCUUCCCAAGUGGAUAGAAGAUAGACAGACAAUUGCAAACUAAAUAAAAAUUUUAUUCAAUUUCAUAUCAUAAAUUUUUCCUUGUAUAUUUAUCUAUGUUAGGCUUAGCGCGUUGCAUUAAAAAAUAUGUCAAGGAGAUUCUAAGUAGAGAAAACAUUUUAUAACAAAAGGUGAAACAAUGUCCUGUUGAGUGGAAAUGAAAGUCCCUAAGGACCCAAGCUGGAGGCCAACUUACUGAAAUGCGAUAAUUCAGCCUUCAUCCAGAGAGAGUGACGUGAAUACUCAUUAAUAACCAGACAAGGAGAUGAUUAAAUCAACUGAAGGAGACGAAAACAAUAAUAUUGUUUGUUUUUACCAAAUUAUAGCAAAAUUUUGCGUGGGAACAAGACGACUCCCUAUUUAAACUUUUAGUUCUAAAAAAUUUAAAACCCUUUUGACAAAUCGAUCAAAUUAAUUUUUUCAUCAAAGGUUCAAAAGCCACUGAGGGUCGGCAGUGAAAGCUUUACACGUGUGGAAAACUCAAGCAGUGCGACUCCUGGCUCAAUAUAUAAAUAUUGCAUAGAAUAAUCAUUUAAGAGUGGAAUUAAAAUUUAAUAUCAUGACAUGUUGACUUUCAGGGUUGAAAAAUACUAUUUGGCAUAUUAUAUUAAGCAAUGAUUGAAAUUUAUAUAAAAAUUUUUGCACUGUUUAGUAAAAUACAAACUGAAUUAAAAUCGUAAUAUAAAUUAUCAUGUUUAUGAAAUCAAUUGAUCAAAAUUAAUACUGCUUUCAAAUAUUUUCCCGAAUGCACGAGCAC